UGUUUCGCUAAGAUGGCGCUACGGCCCGGAUCAGGGGGAGGUGGCAGUUUCAUGUACCGUGUUGGAGGGGGCAUGGGACCUCCGCAAGGCAUGAUGCCCAUGCAGCAGCAGCAGCCGCAGCAGCAGCAGGCCUACCCCAUGGUGCCCAACAUGAUGCAGCCCAACAUGCAGGGCAUGAUGGGAAUGAACUUCGCCGGACAGAUGGCCCCUGGCGCCAUGCCCAUGCAGGGAGGGAUGCCUAUGGGUAUGCAGGCUCCGGGCAUGCAGUUCAUGGGGCAGCCCCAGUUCAUGGGCAUGCGGGGCCCCGCCCCCCAGUACCCAGCUGACCUGCAGAAGCAGAUGGCCGAGGAGCACCAGAAGCGUCUGGAGCAGCAACAGCGCAUGCUUGAGGAGGACCGUAAGCGGCGGCAGUUCGAGGAGCAGAAGCAAAAGCUCCGCCUACUCAGCAGCGUCAAACCCAAGCAGCAGAUGGGAGGAGAGAAGAGUCGCGAUGAUGCACUGGAGGCCAUCAAAGGCAACCUGGACGGCUUCAGCAGAGACGCCAAGAUGCACCCCACACCCUCCAACCAGGCCAAGAAACCUGACUCAUCGCCACUCCACUCCUCCUCAUCCUCCACCUCCUCCUCUGCCCCCUCUCUCUCUCUCUCCCCCGCCCCGCUAGAGGACGAUGAUGACUUUAGUGACUUUAUGCAGGGGCCCGCAGAGGCCCUGUCCUCCUCCUCCUCCUCUUCCUCCUCCAUGUUCCCUCCCUCGUGCCCCACCCCUCCUCUGCAGGGUUCUAAUCCCGCCCCUCACCAUCCUGUCCACCAAUCCCAGCCCACGCCCACUCCCACCCCCACCGCCAUCCACCAACACACUACUUCUUCUUCCGCCAUCUCCAGCUCCCCGUCUGCAUUCCAAGGACCCUCCCUGGAAGAGAAGCUGUUCUCCUCGUGCGACAUGACUGCCCAGAGCAAGGCACAGGUCCACUUCAGGCAGCGCCAGCCGCUGUCCCAGCUGGGCUCCCGUGCAGGCCGGCCAGCCCAACAGUACCAGCCCAGCACCAAGGCCCGCAACUGGGCCCACGCCUCAGAGGACCUCAGCUCGGCCUUCGUCAUGGAAACCCCGAGCCCGGAGGUCCUGGCCCCUGUUGCUCCGGCGACGGCAGCAUCAGCACCAGGAGGAGGGGUGGUUCCUUCCGCUGAAGACCAACUGCCCUCUGGCCAAGGUGAUGGCCCGGCCCAGGCUCCAAGCGCUGGUGGUGCAGGUGUGGGUGUGUACCCUCAGCAGGAGCAUCUGCAGCCCAUGGUUCCCACCUGGCUCUACAACGACAGCCUCAUCCCAGAGAUGUUCAAGAAGGUUCUAGAGUUCACCAUGACUCCGGCAGGCAUCGACACAGGGAAGCUGUACCCCAUCCUGAUGUCGUCGGGGCUGCCCCGCGAGGCCCUGGGACAGAUCUGGGCACUGGCCAACCGCACCACGCCGGGCAAACUCACCAAGGAGGAACUGUACACUGUCCUGGCCCUCAUCGGGGUAGCACAGAGCGGCCUGCCCGUGAUGAGCCCCGACAUCCUGAACCAGUUCCCCUCGCCGCCCGUGCCCAACCUGCCUGCCCUCGCCAUGACGAUGCCCGGCGUCAUGCCCCAGCAUCAGCACCAGGCGCCGGGCAUCAUGGCCCAGCCACCAGUCUCCAUGCCCAUGCCCAUGCCAACGCCCACGCCACCAGUCUCCAUGGCCAUGCCAGCUGCUGCAGUGGCCCCAGCCAUCUCUAUGGCCAUGCCCACGGCGAUGCCCGCGGCCCCGCUGCCCGUCAUGGCCAUGACUCCUAACCCUGCAGCUGGCGCUGCUGCCGCUGUGCCACCCCCAGCACAGGCGGCACCUCCAAGCUUCAUCGCCAACUUCCCACCGGUGCAGGCGACCAAAGCGGGAGAUGACGAUGACUUCCAGGAUUUCCAGGAAGCUCCGAAGGCGGGCGGUGCGGGAGACGACUCCUUCUCGGAGUUCCAGGGAGAUUCCGGAAGCUCCUUCCCCACCAGUGUAGCCGGCCCUCAGAACAGUGCUCCCGCCCUGCUGACUCCCGUGUCUGGGUCUUCCUCCACCUCCUCCUCAGACAAGUACGCCGCCUUCAAGCAGCUGUCUGUGGAGCAGCCUGCAGAGCCAGCCCCUCCAGCCCCAGGUCUAGGUGGAGGUGACAAAUACAGUGUGUUCAGAGAGUUGGAGCCUACAGCGGACAGGAAACCCAUAGGUGAAGGCUUCGCCGACUUCAAGUCUGGAAGCGUUGACGAUGGCUUCACCGACUUCAAGACGGCCGACAGCGCCGUCUCUCCACUAGAGUCGGCCGAGCCCGCCAAAGUCUUCCAGCCAACCUUCCCCCCUCCCACCUUCCCCCCCUCCCUCUCUCAGCCGGCCCUCCACUCCUCCUCCUCCUCCUCUGCUCCCCUCUCCUCCUCUCAGCAGCCCCCACGCAACCCCCUCAACAUGGCCGACCUGGACCUGUUCUCUGCACCCGCUCCCCCUUCCUCAUCCUCUUCUCUCCCUCCUUCUGCUGUUACCUCGGUGACCACCAUGGGUCUUCCUGCCGUGGACGCCCAGGCGGCGGCUCCCUCUCUGCUCCUGCCACCCGGAGCAGGUGCCGGUGCCGUGACCUCGGACGACUUUGGCGACUUUGCCCUCUUCGGUUCCUCCUCUGCUGCCACAGAGCCCGUCACGGGAUCCGGCAGCGGUGUUAGCAGCUCAGCAGUACCGCCGCCACAACAGCACCACCACCACCACCACCAGCAGCAGCAACAGCAACAGCAAGACGACUUUGCGGACUUCCUGGCGUUUGGAAGCUCGUCCGAGUCCCGUAGCAGUGGCAUCGCGGGCGGCGUUCCCCAGAGGCAGCCCAGCCUCGGUGGUUCCGCCGGCUCCGGACAGGACCGCUACGACGUCUUCAAGCAGCUGUCGAUGGAGGGCGGCCUGGGCUCGGGCUCGGCCACGGGCUCGGCCUACGGCGACGCCGACAGCACCGGCAGCAACAACGGCAAGGACAGCGGCAACAACGGCAUGAUCGGCGGCAUCAGCGGCGGCUUCUCGGGAAGCGGCGGCCUCUCCGGCUCCUUCUCCUCCCCGCGCGGCAGCGACGCGAACGCGGACGACUUUGCCGACUUCCAGGCGUCGCGCCUGGGCAUGGGCAUGGGCAGCACGGCGCUGGGCUCGGGCGGCUCGGCCUCGGACCGCUGCAGCCCGGCCGAGCGCGCCUUCCGCCAGGCCGGCAUCGGCAAGGAGGACUCGGGCUCCGUCAAGUCCCUGGACCUGCCCUCGCUGGGCGGCAGCAGCGGCGGCGGCGGCCGCGAGGAGGACGCACUCUCCUUGCAGCUGGACCUGAAGCUGGUGGAGGCGGGCGGGGACCUGCGCCACGGCGCCUCCGACAGCUCGCUGGACCUGCCGGGCCUCUCCGGCCACCAGCCGCACGCCGCAGAUUCCGACGAGCUGAAGUUCGACCCGUUCGGCAUGACGGGCGGUGGUGGUGGCGGCGGCGGCAGCAGUAGCAGGGCCAGCUACGAUUGGUCGGACCGCGAUGACCUGUCAUCCAACCGUGGAGGAGGCCUCGGACCCCAGACCGGCGGCGUUGCCCAUCGCCAGGACACCGGCUCCUUCGGCAGCUCGGAGAGCAUGACCCAGACCAGCGGCGUCCCCAAGCUGACCACCACGUCUGCCUUCGCCAGCGAGGACAGCGGCUCCAGCGGCGGCGACCGCUACGAAGCCUUUGCCCGUUUCAGCGGUACCGGCGGUGGCGGCAUGCCAAUGGGCGAGGACGACGUGGCAGCGGACAUCAACGACGACGACGACGACUUUGGGGACUUCGCAAGCACCGUGUCCGAGAAGUCGGACUCGCCUCCGGUCGUCGCCGUGGAAACGGUGUCGGGGUCAGAGGUCGCGGUGGAGGCCACGGCCGGCUCGGAGGCGUGGGACGAGUUCGGGGCCUUCCAGGGUGACAAACCCAAGUUCGGCAAGCUGGACUUCCUGAAGGCCAGCAGCCAGACCAAGGUCAAAUCCAGCGAGGAGAUGAUCAAGAACGAGCUGGCCACCUUCGACCUCAGUGUACAAGGCUCCCAUAAGCGCAGCCACAGUCUGGGUGAGAAGGAGCUGGGCCCUGGUGGUGUGUCGGCCCCGACCCUGGCCCCCGAGGCGCCCUUCAGGGACCGCUCCAGCACCCUGAGUGACAAGCCCGCCGCCCUGCCUGUCAUCCGGGACAAGUACAAGGACCUGACCGGGGAGGUGGAGGAGAGCGAACGCUACGCCUACGAGUGGCAGAGGUGCCUGGAGAGUGCCCUGCAGGUCAUCACCACAGCCAACAACACCUUGAACGGCAUCAGUAGCUCCACUGUGUGCACGGAGGUGAUCCAGUCAGCACAAGGCAUGGAGUACCUACUGGGUGUGGUGGAGGUGUACCGCGUGACCAAGCGGGUGGAGCUGGGCAUCAAGGCCACGGCCGUCUGCUCCGAGAAGCUGCAGCAGCAGCUGAAGGACAUCAACCGCGUCUGGAACAACCUCAUGGGCUUCAUGUCCCUCGCAAACCUCACGCCGGAUGAAAGCUCUCUCGACUUCUCCUCCUGUAUUCUUCGGCCGGGCAUCAAGAAUGCCAAGGAGCUGGCCUGUGGAGUAUGCCUUCUCAAUGUGGACUCUCGCAGCAAGAAGAAGGAAGACAACGGCAAAUUUGGACGCCUGUUUAAAAGAGCGAUGACAAAAGACAAUGACAAGCGCAUAAGGGCUUUCAACUCGGAGACGGACAACUUCAAGCUGACGUACGGCGGGCACCAGUACCACGCCAGCUGCGCCAACUUCUGGAUCAACUGCGUGGAGCCCAAGCCGCCCGGUCUCAUCCUGCCCGACCUCCUGUGAGCGGGGGUCAUAAGGUCAUCUUGAGGUCAUGAGGUCGUCGCCAUUCCCUCCCCUCCCCCACCUACCUGCCGGACCUGCUCUGAGCGGGGUCUGAAGGUCAAAGGAGCAGGUUAAAGCCCGCACAUCUAAACGUCUGACCUGGGGAGCAGGACAACCAAAUAACCAGAUUAAAAAAGCAGGAAGUCCACUUUAACCAGGAUCUUACUGCUCCCACUUCUUUUGAUUUUUUCGUGAUGUUUCGGGCGAAAAACCUUCUGCAGACAUGACGUCUGAAGGGUUGUCACCCGAAGCGUUACGAAAAAAAGACGGUCAUGAGGUUGUCGCCAUGGGACACAUCCGUCAUUCCUUCCCCUAUCCCACCUGACUGCCACUGCUGCGGUAGCUGCCGCCAUUGAAUUGCACACAAGGGGUAGCAGACACUGGAGAGAUGUACCCAUGUCCAAUAUCUACACCCCUUUACCUCCCUCCCCAAUUCUCCUACUCCUCCUCCUCUUCCAUCCAUCCUAUCCUCCCACAUCUGUUCUUCCCCUCUGGCAAAGGGGUAGCCGACACUGAAUAGAUGGACCUAUUCCCAAACCCACACCAUUACCAUUACCACCACCACCUCUUUCCUUCUCCUCUCCUCCCUCUCCACUUUCUACUCCUCUCCUCCCCUCUCCUCUCCUCUCCUCCCUCUCCUCCCCCUCUUCCUCCUCUUCUCUACAUCCUCUCUAAUCUUUUCCUCCCCUCUGCCCCGUCUGCUGGAAGGAGAGGAAGGACUUGUGCAGUGAAUUAGAACAGAUCCGAAUGGUUUCCCCGGCAUCCGUCUGUAUUUAUUUAUUUAUUCGUUUGUGUGUUUAUUCUGUCGACCAGAGUUUCCUCUCGCCUCCUAUUUUUUUCUUGGGCGAGGGGGGGGUGUUGUGUUUGUUGUUCUGAGAACUUUUGUCUCAAACCAUCUCUCGGCUUACAGAUUGCUCUAUUCCCAACAACAUGACUCCCCAUCUCUCUCUCGCACUCACGCUCACUUGCUAUCUCUAUCUCUCUCUUACACACACAGACACACACACACACACACACACACACACAUGGAAAAGUAUGAACUGGAGGUUGUCAGUAUUCUUCAUCGAGACAUUCUUGUCUUCUCUCACACUCACUCUCUUGCUAUCACAAUUGUGGAGAUUGGUCUACUGCAGCAUACUGUUACUGUUACUAUUGGACAUGUUCCUCACUGUGAAUGUCAAAUCCUCUGGCCCUCUCCAUCGUAGGGUCCUGCACUUAAAGAAUUAAGUCCUGAACAUGAUUGUCAAGAGACAAGCAAGUGUUGGCUUGCAUCCAUGACUUGGUGACAGAGGACUGUGAGCUACAAGCACAUCUCAUCAUUCCACGUCUGGCUUGGUGCCACUCUCUCCACCAUACCAUAAGCUUUAGUUUAGCAGCCUUGUAGAUAUAGUAUAAUAUAAUAUAUAUACACAUACAGGGAAUGAAUGUGAAGAGAAGCUGUGGAUGUCGAUGCUGUUCGAUACUGACUCAUUUCUCCAACCUCGUGUCCUUUCCUCUGUCCUCGUUGUCAACUUGGCUAAAGUAGGCUUUACUUAUAUAGGACAUUUGUUAAAACUCAAACUACAAACCUGAUAGAUUUGGAAAAGACAAUUGUGGCCUGUCAGUGUUUCAAAGUUGGGUUUACUUUUUAGAUCACACAUUUGUAUUUCAAAUGUUUAACGGAUGUCCAAUAUAAAACUGACGUUCCCCAAGUCAGGAAAGAAAACAGAGUGAAGAGGGAAGGAUGUAAGUUUGGAUGAAUGACUUUCACCCCAUGUUUCUGCUUCUUUUUUUUAAGCAUUCCAGACUUUUGUCGUUCUUUUGAAGCGAGAGAGGGUGUGCUCUUCACAUGAACUUUAUGAAUCAUCCCCCUCUUGGCUUUUUGGGUCUCUAUGUACUCAUGACCACAUAUCACUGCACAUGCUGACAAAUCUACUCAGACAGGGUCUCAGUCUUGUGUGUCUGUGUGUGUGUGUGUGUGAGUGCGUGCAUGCGUGUGUGUUUUUUGUCGUUGAAUACUCUAAAAUGUGGAUCGUGUGGUGGGGCUCUGAGUGUGUGUACUGAAAGACGGGACUGUGGCUGAGGUCUUUUUUUAAAAGAAAUACAUAGUUGGCCUUCCUUUUUGUAGCGCAUCAAUCUGAAUGUCUUGCAUAUACUGUAAUUGCAGUGUGAUUUUUAUCCACUUUUUUUUUCUUCUUGGCUGAAAUCGUGUUGAAAGUUUAUCUCUUUCUUUUUCUUUCUUUUUUUUUGCUACUUGAAAAAUUUGAUUCUAUCUAUCAGAUUAUUGAAUCAUCGGAUCAUCAAAUCGUAUUGAAAAAGGGAAGAAGAUUCAUAUCAAUGGAGACUCUCAACUUGCCGUGAAGACUCUUGUAGACUGACUGUAAAUACCAUACUGGGGGAUGGGGAUGAUUUUUGGAAAGAGCCCACAGACCAUGUGAAGGAAAAAGAAAUCACUGUGGCACUUUUUUGUGUGUGUUGACGAUGCUUAUAGUAUUGCAUUGACCAAUGUAAACAAUGUCAUGAUGUGGUGAUUUAUUGUGUAGAUUAAAAAAAAUAUGUAUACGAGACAUAAGUGGA